AUGGCGAUUGAUAGAAUUUUUAAAGAUGAAGCCAGUGAAGAAAAAGGAGAGCGGGCCAGAAUGGCUUCUUUUGUUGGAGCCAUGGCUAUUGCCGACUUGGUGAAGACAACCUUAGGGCCAAAGGGAAUGGACAAAAUUUUGCAGUCAACAGGUAGAGGACGUGAAGUUACUGUCACUAAUGAUGGUGCUACAAUCUUGAAGUCCCUCCAUAUUGAUAACCCAGCUGCUAAAGUCCUUUUAGACAUAUCAAAAGUACAAGAUGAUGAAGUUGGGGAUGGAACUACCUCUGUUGUUGUUCUGGCUGGUGAACUUUUAAGGGAGGCAGAAAAGCUGGUGGCAUCCAAGAUUCAUCCAAUGACAAUAAUAUCAGGUUUCCGAAUGGCUGCAGAGUGUGCCCGAAAUACCUUGUUAGAGAAGGUUGUGGACAACAAAGCUGAUUCUGAGAAAUUCAGGUCAGAUUUAUUGAACAUUGCAAUGACCACCCUGAGCUCCAAGAUUCUCUCACAGGACAAGGAGCAUUUUGCAAAAUUAGCUGUGGAUGCUGUUAUGAGACUAAACGGAAGCACUAAUUUAGAAUCUAUCCAGAUUAUAAAGAAACCUGGAGGCUCACUAAAGGAUUCAUUCUUAGAUGAAGGAUUCAUUCUUGACAAGAAAAUCGGUAUUGGGCAACCCAAACGGAUAGAGAAUGCGAAGAUACUGGUGGCAAACACUGCCAUGGAUACGGACAAAGUGAAGAUAUAUGGUGCACGUGUUCGGGUUGAUUCUAUGGCUAGAGUUGCUCAGAUUGAAACCGCUGAGAAAGAGAAAAUGAGAGAAAAGGUGCAGAAGAUAAUUGGUCAUGGUAUCAAUUGUUUUGUUAACAGGCAGCUGAUUUACAAUUUUCCGGAGGAGCUCUUUGCUGAUGCGGGGAUAUUGGCUAUUGAGCAUGCUGAUUUUGAUGGUAUUGAGCGUCUGGCUCUGGUAACUGGUGGUGAAAUUGCAUCAACCUUUGACAAUCCUGAGUCUGUUAAGCUUGGGCAUUGUGAUCUUAUUGAGGAGAUUAUGAUUGGUGAGGAUAAACUGAUUCAUUUCUCUGGUGUUGCCAUGGGACAGGCAUGUACAAUAGUUCUGAGAGGUGCUAGCCACCAUGUUCUUGAUGAGGCUGAGAGGUCAUUGCAUGAUGCCUUGUGUGUCCUAUCACAGACUGUAAAUGAUAGCAGAGUGUUGCUUGGAGGUGGGUGGCCUGAGAUGGUGAUGGCAAGGGAAGUGGAUGCAUUGGCUAAGAAAACUCCAGGAAAGAAGUCUCUUGCUAUUGAGGCAUUCUCCCGAGCACUUUUGGCUAUCCCAACAAUUAUUGCUGAUAAUGCUGGUUUGGACAGUGCCGAGUUGAUUUCUCAGCUCCGUGCAGAGCAUCAAAAUAAGGGCUGUACUGCAGGAAUCGAUGUCAUUUCUGGUUCUGUUGGAGACAUGGCUGAAAGGGGGAUAUGUGAAGCGUUCAAAGUAAAGCAAGCUAUAUUGCUAUCUUCAACAGAGGCCGCUGAGAUGAUUCUCAGAGUUGACGAAAUCAUCACGUGUGCUCCAAGGAGGAGAGAAGAUAGAAUGGAAAUUUUUCAUUUGUUUUGCAACCCAGUCCUACGUCAUUGGAUUGGUAAUGGGGUUGUUGUGGUGGGUGGCCGGAUGUUGACCUUCAAGUCUUCAAAUGAAAAGCCAAUAGAUUUUCGGCGUGCCAAAAUUUGUUCUUUUCCAAUCGCAAAGGUGAAAGUGUUGGACAACAAUUCUCUAUCUUCCAGAGCUUCAUGGCCACUAUCAGAAGGGGAAAAGGAAAUCUCCGUCAGAGGUGAAAAGAAUGUAUGGCGCUGCCACCAUCGCAACAAUGGAGUAUGA